AGUAACAAUUCGCAAAAGCGGAUUGAGACCACCUUUGCCAAUGAAUGGUGGGAUUCCAGUGACAUUUGACUUACUCGCAAGAGAUCAGCUAUUGCAGUUUCUUUCGUGCAUCUCUCUGAAGAGGACCAACGAAAUCAAGUGAAAAAAAGUUCAUUCCGAUUUAAAAUUAAUUAACAAGUAAGAGUCUAAUCAAUGACGAUCAUUCUAAAUUGGGCAUAAGGAUCUUCCAAAAAUGAGUUGGUUUAGGAAUCUUAUAUUCACGUUAUCAACGAUUGCCCUUUCUACGAUUCCCGUUUCUGGUUUUCCUGAUGGUGCACCAGUAGACGCAUGUGUUAAACCACGACCGAAUCAACCCUAUCAUGGGGAUGCACGUAGUCAACCCUUGGAUAAAAACCCCUAUACGUUAGUAGCUUCGUCAUCAGAAUAUGUUCCAGGAUCGCAAAUUACCGUAACUAUCAGUGGUUCAUCUUUCAAAGGAUUUUUCUUACAAGCACGCGAUUCUAAUACCAAUGCCUGGAUUGGUUCUUGGGCACAAACUCCAAAUACAAAUACCCAUCCUGAAUGCAGUGCUGUAACGCACGCAGAUCCACGUGAAAAACAACAAGCAACUCUUAUUUGGAAUGCACCACCAAAUACUCGAGGCCAGGUUUACUUUACUGGUACCGUUUUAAAAGAAUAUGCGAUAUUUUGGUCGGAUUUGGUUGCACGUGUGGUCUAAUGAAAAAAAAAAAAGGAAAC